AAUGGUAAAGAAGAGCCUAUAUGUAAUUCUUUGACUGGAACAGAUAGUUAAGCGUGAGAGAAUGUCCAACUUCAAAAUCGGCAGUGCAUCUGCACUCAAGUUCAAUAAGGAUUUCAGCUGCUUCGCCUGUUGCACCGCCUCUGGCGUGCAGGUGUUCAACACUGAUCCCUUGCAGGAGAAGAGGAAGAUAUCCGAACUGGGAACCUGUUCUCUGGUCCAAAUGAUGGGCAGAUCCAACUUUAUAGCAAUUGUAGCUGGAGGAAAGUCGCCUAUUUUUGACGACUCAACAGUGGCACUUUGGGACGACGCAAAGAGCAAAAUAGUGACCCAGUUGAAAUUCAAUGAACCGGUGCUAAACGUCAAACUCAAAGCCUCCCUAAUAGUGGUUGUUGUUCCAACAAGGAUCCACAUAUUCCAGUUCUUGCCAGAGAUCCAGAAGUUGGCGUCCAUCGAAACCAAAGAAAACUUAGCCGGUAUCUGUGACAUGUGUCUGGAACCGGGCAAAGACUUACUCCUCUUUCCAGCACACAGAGUGGGAUCUAUCCAGAUACUCUCGGUCUCGGCAGCCGCUCUCUUACAUGUGGUGUCCACCGCACCUGUCACCAUUGCAGCCCACAAGAACCCAAUUGCCAUUAUAUCUUUAGAUUCGGCUGGGAACUUUGUAGCCACUGCUUCUAGUAAGGGUACUUUGGUGCGUGUAUUCGACACAGCUCAAAGGAAUCUGGUGGCUGAAUUCAGACGAGGAGCCGACAGUGCAAUGUUAUAUAGCAUCUCCUUCAGUCUCGAUUCCUCCUACCUGUGUGUGUCAAGUGACAAAGGCACAGUGCAUGUAUUCGCAGUCAAAGACAUCCUCCAGAACAGAAGAUCCAACCUGAGACACGUCAUGCCUACUGGCACCUCAGGUGGUAUUCUGGCCCCCUAUGUGACGUCACAAUGGGCACUCGCUUCCUUCACUACUCCGGCCGAGUGUCCGACUGCGGCUGCGUUCUCGUCUCAUAACACUAUCGUGGCCAUUUGUUCGGAUGGAUCCUACUUCAAGUACAUCUUCAGUGUGGAUGGCAGUGGCAUCAUCAACCGAGAGAUGUACGACAACUUCCUUCAACUCGCACUCUCCUCCCCUGAAAACGACUUCUGAUCAGAACUGACAACACGCUUAGUUUUAUCACGUGAUAUCUCCUGUAGUGUCUGUUCUUCGAUUGUAAUUACGGGGAUUUGAAAGAAUCGCAAAAAUUCAAGAUGCAGUUUUUUUUGCAGGCACUCAACUAUUUCAUUUGUCUGAAAAAGUGUUCCACUCUGCAAACAUUUAUAAAUUAUAGUUGUGGUACUAGUUAGAAUGAUUCACUUAUUAGAUUGAUAGACAUUGAAGAUAGAUAGUGAUCUUGAUAGAAACAUUAUCAGCAAAAAGUUUUUUGAGCUUAAGCCAGCAUAAGUAGGAGAUUCAUCAAUGAGUUUUUUUAAUAACGAUGAACAAG